AGGAGGUCCAUAACUUUGUGACUUUGAGUCUCGCUCCUUUUCUUUAUUUUUCCAUUUCCCUGUCCAUCAUCACCUACACCUAGCGUCUACGUUCCUGUUUCUUGUUCCCCGGUUCUUCACGCUUGUUUCUCGUCUCAUCGCUUUCUUCUUUUCUUCUCUUCCGAUGGCUUCUACGCUACCCAUCUCCCAGUCGCACGGUGGGGUGGGCCACCACAAGCCCCUCGUCUCCCUCCGCCCCCGGAGCCCCAUCUUCCAUUCCUGGGCCCUCCCUCGCCCCCAUCUUGCCCCCGACGGGUUGUCGCUGAGGAGCCCGAGCCCUUUCGUGGUCCUUGCGGCCAGGACGGCGGAGAUGCCCAGGAAGAAGCGGUCCUCCUCCUCCUCCGAGAAGGGGUUCGUGGAGGAGAUGCGGGCCGUCGCCAUGAAGCUGCACACCAGGGACCAGGCCAAGGAAGGGGAGAAGGAGCCCGACGCCCCCCCGGUCGCCAAGUGGGAGCCCUCCCUCCAGGGCUACCUCAGGUUCCUCGUCGACAGCAAGCUGGUCUACGACACCCUCGAGACCAUCGUCCGCAAGGCUUCCUGCCCCUGGUAUGCUGAGUUCAGGAAUACAGGAUUAGAAAGGUCAGAGAAAUUGGCGAAGGAUUUAGAAUGGUUCAAGGAGCAGGGUCAUGUCAUUCCUGAACCAUCUUCUCCUGGGAUCUCUUAUGCUCAUUACCUGGAAGAGCUAUCAGAAAAAGAUCCUCAAGCAUUCAUCUGCCACUUCUACAAUGUAUAUUUUGCUCAUACUGCUGGUGGUCGAAUGAUUGGCAAAAAGGUGGCUGAGAAGAUCUUGAACAACAUGGAGCUGGAAUUCUACAAGUGGGAUAGUGAUCUUUCCCAACUGUUGCAGAAUGUGAGAGAUAAGCUUAACCAAGUUGCUUCGUUAACACGGGGAUGUCUGUUUCUUGCCUUGGCCAGAGCUGGUCUAGAGAAGAGAGGAAGCAUUGCUUGAAGGAGACCGAAAAAUCAUUCAAAUAUUCGGGAGAGAUACUCCGUUUAAUAUUGUCCUAACAAGCUCAAAUUCCUGUUGAUCUUGUCAAUUGUAAACUCUCUUUCGACAGAAGAUUUGCAUGGGGAAGGAGUGAUCGGGUUUCUUUGUUCCUUUUCAUUCACUCCUGUAAUCCAUGCUACUUGUCACAUGCAGAUGUUUCUUGAAUAAAUUUGUUAAACAUGGAACAAAAAAUAUUGCUUGUCGAUAUGGAAGGAAAAAUAACUCGUGUAGAUGAA